AUGAAUCAAUCGUUCCAACCUAAUAACAUAGUUCGACAGAGUACAUCGAUUUGCCUCAAAACAAUCGAUAAAAACAAUAAAGAAGACAGCCUAGAUUCCAAAAUGGGUAUGUGUACUGUAAAUGGAUACUGGUUUGUCACUCUCAUAGUGUUACUUUUAUGCACUUUUAUAUAUAUAUUUAUUUGGUUGGCACAUCGUAUCGACUUAUUUGGACGAUAUUAUGCUACAUUAUAUUAUUUCUUGGCAAAAAGAUUCAAUAUCACAUAUGUGCAUUCGCACAUGAAGAAUCCAACAAACACUGAAAGAAAUGUAUUUGGCUUAAUUAAUUUCUAUAGUCCCAAGAUAUACUGGCUUAUGUGCUUAGAUUCAUGUCGAAUAAAUGCCUAUGAAAAUGCAAUUAGACAGUACGAACACGAACCAGAGAAAGCAGUUUGGCUAGAUAUUGGAACUGGUGCACAUAUGCCAUUGGCUCGUUUAUUGAUAAAAUAUGGAGUUGCAAAGCAUGUUCAUGCAGUCGAAGCUAACUGCCAAACGUAUCAGUUUGCAAAACAUCUCAGAGAACAAGUAUCUGAAGAGGAAAAAAGAAAAAUUUCUUUACAUGGAUGUUAUUCAAGUGAUAUUUAUUGGUGUGAACAAGAUCCCCGACCGAAUGCUAUUAUCCACGAGAUAGUUGGUUCUAUUUCUUCAGAUGAAGGAUGCAUUAAAGUGAUGCAUGAUACGAUUGAAAGGCUUCAUGGGAACAUAUCUUUUUGUAUACCAUAUCAAAUUGGAACAUUAUGUAUACCAGUAUCACAACCAAGGAUAUCUUUAAUUUCAUCACUGUGUUCAUUUCUUUUGGGAAAAUCAAUGCGAAUCAUUAAACAUAUCGGUAUACAAGGUAUGGUGAAUCCACCAAAAAAUGCGUUUCUUUGUGAUACACCACAAUUGAUUGAAGAUUUCAUCUUAAAAGAUUAUACUGCAAAGCCAUUAGAAAAAUGUCGAAUAUAUACGACGAAGUUUAUUGUUACCAGCAGCGCGGCACGAUGGAGUGGGUUUUAUCUUGCGCCAUACAUUUUAACUUCGAAAGAUAAUAAAAAUGGGUCAGUAGAAAUUGAUGCACUGAGAUGCUUAACAAGUUGGCCAGUUCGUUAUGUGCAAAUGUAUGAUCACGAAAAUGGUAUUCAUGUCAGACAAGGCGAUGAGAUAUGUGUAAAAUUCGAAUCUGAUCUAACAAAUGAAUGUCCAACUUAUCGAUUAGAAGCAUGGGUGAAUAACAGCUAUUUAGUACGUUCAUCAUUUGCUUGGCGAGGGCCUGCCAUCAAUUAG